AUGAGCAAGCGAGGACCGGGCGCAAACUUUGGCGGCGACGAAGAGAGAUACGGGGGGCCUACUUUGACGUGGCAGAACACCAUGAAUGACGAGGAGAAACCCAUGAAGGCCACUGCGGCCCAGAUGGCCAAGCGAAAGAUCGCUGCAGGACGCAAACCUGCAGGAGCCCGAUCACGCGGAAACUCUCCUGCAUUCCCACCUCCUGGUAAUCCGGCACCCCAACAAGGCAGUGGCCUUUUCGGCAACAACCCACAGCAGCAGCAGCAGACAAUGAACUUCGUGCCGCAGACCAGCGCGUUCACAUUUGGCUCGCAGUCGCCAUCGCCCGCUCCAUCAUUUGGAGGCUUCGGACAAUCCGCACCAGCGCCUGCUGCAGACACGCAGCAGAACGGCACACCCAGCAUGUUUGGCGGUGGACAGUCCGUCGGUCCAAGUUUCGGCUCGACAUUCAGUGCAGCGCCGACUCCUACGCAGCAGAAUGGCUUUGGUUUUGGUACUCAAUCUACACAACCGUCACAACAGACAAACAACACUUCGUUCAGCGGGUUCGGUGCCACUCAGCAGAACGGCGUCACACCUACAAGUGCCACAUUCGGCAGCUUCGACAAACCACAGGAACCGGCGCAGAAUGGUACGGGCAGUAUGUUCAACUUGGGUGGCGCACAACAGGAGACCCCAAAGUCCAACAAUCCAUUUGCAAGCUUCCAGUUCAACGCCCCAAAGCCCAAUGAGCCUGCGCAACCGAGCAUACCAUCCAUUGGAGGGUUCCCCAGUUCUCAGCCGCAAGAGACGCAGAACAAAUCGAAUGGCUUGUUUUCCUUUGGACAAAAACCGCACGAAGGCACUGAUAAGCCGGCAAGUAAUGCUUUUGCCGGGUUCGGACAGAAGCCGCAAGAGAAUGGUAACUCGACAGCAGGGUUUGGGCAGACGCACACCGAGACAAGCAAGCCGAACAAUCUGUUUGCCGGCAUUGGACAGUCCGAGAAGCCCAUAUUCACAAUGCCCAGCGCAUAUGGCGACAAAGAGAAGAGCACAUUGCAACAGACGCCUAAGACGGCUCUGUUUGGACAAGCACAGCAGAAUGGCGAGAAGCCUGCGGAGAGUCAGCCUCCAAAGACCUCGCUGUUCAGUGGUAAUUUUGGACAAACGUCAUCGACGACUUCACAAAUCGAGCAAACGACAGCGAAACCAAGUCCUGCUGGCCUGUUCGGUGCAAGUAUGUCCACAUCUCAAGCAGAGCAAACGACAUCGAAGCCGAGCACGAGCGGGCUGUUUGGGGCAGGCACACCUUCGCAAGCGCCUCAGGCGAACGGGGAACCGAAGGGCCUGUUUGGUGCAAGCACGACUUCGUUCGCGCCAAUCAAACCUGGCGGUAGCGUAUUCGAUACUGCCCCAAAGACCUCAUCGAACUUGAAGUUCAACUUCAGCUCAGCGGAUCCAUCACAAGUUUACAACGACAAGGAGGACAAAGACGCCGAUGACAGAGAAGGUGAUCAACCCAGCGGUACGAAUGCUUUUGGCGCAUCGCAGCAAAGCAUCUUCAAUGCUUCACAGGGGCAGGCACCAAGCUCAAGCUCAAUGUUUGGCGGAGGUGCUCAGACCCAGUCGAGCAGCUCACUCUUCAAGCCGAAUGCAUCUCAGCAAGACACCAGCAUGACAACACCUGGCACUACAUCACAGAAGAACAUGUUUGCACAGCAGGCCACUACGGGUACUCCAGGCUCAACCACUGCAGCAGCUCCUGCAGCGCCGAGAUCAAUCAUGGACCGAAUCACGAAUCCAAUGCCGCAGUCUGAUAAUGCACCGGAAACACCUGCUACUCAGAAACCAUUGUUCGCACCUUCCAUGACAUCGGUAACUCCUUCCCUCUUCCAGUCAGCACAACCUUCGCAACAUUCUGGAGAAACACCGAAACCGAAGAGCCUGUUUGAACGGAUGGACCAGCCAGCGCCUUCCCAGCCCAAAGACAACCCAUCGAAGGCCAAGAAUCUUUUCGAGCGAUCGGAGCAACCCGCGCCACAGCAGCCUCUGACACCAGCACCACCCAGUGCGCCAUCACAUGCGUUCAACGUACCCGCCACAGCACCAGCAGCACGUACGAUACCGCCACAACAAGCUCGACCCUCUGCUGUCACGGCUUCCACGGCUGCUGUUCGCAACGUGCCAGCGGCGCAGGUGCAGAAAUUCAAGGAACUGAACGAGGGUAUGCUUGCUCACCUGAGGUCACAAGACAUCACAAAGGACUGGACAACAACUUUCGACUACUACGUAAAGACAGCUGCAGAGAUCCGCGCGACUCAGCCUCCUGCGCCGCGAGCGGGAACCUUUAUUGCACCUCAAACACAGCAGAAUGCUUCCUCGACACCACAGUCCAAUAUCUUCGAGGCGCAGACGUUGAGAUCGACAGCACCGACAAACACGUUUGGUGCCGAAACACCAAAGGCGUCCACGAGCACCUGCGCAUUCAGUAAACCUCCCAGCAGUGCGCCACCUGCUGCAAAGAAGCGACCCCAUGAGGAUGACGACUCUACACAGCCACCGGCGACUGAGAAGCGUAGCAAGCCAAACGAGCCCCAAUACCCUAGUCUGUCCGAGAAUGCUAGCAGCAGUGCCAAACUGUUUGCUUCUGCGUUGGACGGCUCAAAGAAAGCGCCUGCACCGAAGCCAGCGCAGACCUCCGGUUUCAACCCCUCCACUUCCUUGUUCAGCUCGACUGCAAAGACUACUACCACAACAUCUGCGCCUGCGGCAGUCAAGCCAACGACUGGGUUCACGCCCAGCUUCGGCGCUGCUCCUUCCGGUGGCGGUAGCUUCCUUUCGGCAUUCGGUAGCAAGGCCAAAGCUGCCGAAGAUGACGCAAAGAAGAGGCGAAUGGACGAAGACUACGACAGCGACGAGGAGACCAAGGAACAGUGGGAAGCGCGUGAUCGCGAAAAGCAGGAGGCCAAGCGCAAGGAGAUCGAAGCAGCUGCAAAAGCUGGCGCGGGCUUCAUGUUUGGCGGCACAUCUACGAACAAGGCUGCUGAUGCAACCGCGGGCGAGAAAGCCCAAGGAGCUGGCAACAACACGUGGAAGCCAGAGACGCCAAUCAAAUUCGGCGCAAGCACGAGCGGCCUUCUCUCAACCACGCCAGCAGUGCCACCUCCGAAGUUUGGUAACGGCCUUUUUGGCGCGACUUCCACACCUGCUGCAGCAACACAAGAAGCUGGCAAGCUUGCUCCACCAUCGACUGGAUUCAGCUUCGGACCCAAGGCAUCAUCACUGAAUGCUUCACGUGCAACGACUCCAGGUGUUACCACCGAUGGUGAAGCCUCAAACGCUGGCGAGGCAAAGGAUGACGGUGACGAGCAAAACGAUCCACAGGCUGAUGACAUGACGUCCUUACUUCCAGAGGAGCGAGAAGCCAACGAGAUUGUGCUCGAGCUCCCACAUAUCGUAACCAAGAUCUUCGAAAAGGUUGACGACGAUAGUCCAAAGCCAUCGUGGAUCAGCAAGGGUGAAGGCAAGGCCUACGUCUUGAAAGAGAAAUUGAGUGGCAAGACACGCAUCCUGCAGAAGGUCGGUGUCAACCAACUCGCACUGAACUUCAACCCCAUGAAGGGCAUGAAGUACGAACUGCAUCCAAAGAAAGACACUAUGGUCAUUGGCACUUUCUUCGAUCACAUUCACAGCAAGCCUGGCAAGCUAUUACGUUUCUUUCUCACAGCAGACUCUGCUGAUGAAGCAAAGGAAUUGGCUCGAGUCUUGACAGAGGGGAUACCAAAAUAG